GAAAAAACUUAUAUGAGCAUCAUGCAUCAAAGAUUCUUGUUCAGAUCGCUAUUGUUAACCGCUCGGAUCGUAACUCUCCAUGAAAUCGUUCUGAUUGUGGUCCAAUCAGUUGAAAUCCAUAUGUGAGACAAGGUGUUUUUGGCAUCGAUUUUAAACAAACAAAGACUUUGUUUCAAACAGGAUAAAUUUUGUUUGGCAGCGUACGUCAGUAAAAGUGCAUCGUUUCGAGAAAAAAAAGUGUUGGAAUUUUUUUCUAAUUUAAAAUUUUAAAAUAAAAGUGUUUAAAAAGUGAUAUUUCGAUCAAAAAUCAACUUUAUUCUACGCAUAAGCAUAAUAAUGCUUGAAAAUGAUUUGAGCGGUGAAUGAAAGCGAAAAUCCGUUUAGAACCAUAGACCAUAGUCUUCGUUAGAGAUAAAGUGAAACACAUGCUCGCCGUGACCGUUAUUUGAAGAGUGAGAAAGCAGCGGUUAACAAAAUGAUUCCACUGUUCAAAAAAUUGGGAUUUUUAUACGACAGCUAUGUGUUGGCGAUUUUAACGAUUGGCUACGUUCUUGGUGAACUCGGUCAUUAUCUAAUUGGGGUGACAUCAAAACAGACAGCUAUCGAACUUGAUUACGGUGAUCAUGCGUGUCAACAAAAUGUAACUUGGUUAACGCGACACGAAAUUCCAGUCCAAUGCAGCGCGGUCAAAAAUGAAACGGAAUGCGUUGCAUUGAAUUUGAAUGGAACUAACUACUGUGAAUGGAAUUACAAUGGAUUGGGUAUCGAUUAUCAACUACUGGCGGGUCCUAGUUUUAUUCUCGUCUUCACAAUCAUUGGCAUAUUUUUGGGUGUCGCUGCCGACAAAUACAAUCGUGUCAAAAUGUUGAGCUUCUGCACGCUUGUAUUCGCCGUUGCAAUUAUUCUACAGGGUUCGGUUAAAAACUAUUGGCAAUUAAUUGUGUUGCGUAUGAUCAUGGCUGCAGGUGAAGCCGGUUGCAAUCCAUUGGCUACAGGCAUUAUGUCCGAUGUUUUUCCCGAAAAGAAACGUGCAUUAGUCAUGGCCAUUUUCAAUUGGGGCAUUUAUGGAGGGUAUGGAAUUGCCUUUCCUGUGGGUCGAUAUAUUACAAAGUUAAAUAUUUGGGACUUGAGCUGGCGUAUUUGCUACUAUGGUACUGGUGUGUUGGCCGUGCUCAUUGCCAUUCUCACUGGAACUACGUUGAGAGAACCGGAACGAAAAGCAAUCGGAGAAGACCAAAGUAAUCAAAACGGUCGCAAGAAGAUUUCACUUUUCAAAGUGCUGACACAACCACGAAUUAUCCUGCUCGCAAUUGCCGCAUCGAUUCGCCACUGCGGAGGAAUGACCUUUGCCUACAAUGCGGAUUUAUAUUACAGCAUCUAUUUCCCUGACGUUGAUCUUGGAUGGUGGUUGUUUGCCGUUACCAUUGGAAUCGGAAGCAUCGGUGUCGUUGUUGGUGGCGUAGUGUCUGAUAAAAUUGUAGCUAAAAUGGGUAUAAAAUCGCGCGUUGCUGUUUUAGCUAUUUCACAGCUCGUCGCUACUCCUGGCGCAUUCGGAUCAGUUUACUUUGACCCGCUAUGGGCAAUGAUUACGUUGGGUCUCAGUUACUUCUUCGCUGAAAUGUGGUUCGGCAUCGUGUUUGCUGUUUUAGUCGAAAUCGUUCCAGUGCAAGUGCGGUCAACGACUGUGGGCAUUUUCUUGUUCGUCAUGAAUAACAUUGGUGGAAAUUUGCCGAUUCUUGUUGAUCCCGUUGCCAAGUGGAUCGGAUAUCGUGAGUCUGUGAUGAUUUUCUAUGCUGGUUUUUAUUUAUUGAGUUCGGUGCUAUUUUUCAUUACAAUGUUCGUGAUGGAACCAUCGUCAGAGAAGCAACAGCAACAACAGUCUGCCAAUGCACAUGCACCCCGAGUGAUGUACGAUAGUGGUCACGACAAUAAAGUAUUCCAAGUUGGUGAAGGAUUACCGCAACCACAAUUUACCCAUUCACAGACCAAUGGCACCACACAUCCGUACUAUCCAAAUGGCAAUGGAACACACACAAAUGCAAACCAUCCAAAUGAAGAUAUGCAACAAUCGUAUCGGGUCAUCGAAAACAGUCGGCUGUGAUAGAAUUUCUUCCUGUAUUUUAAUUAAAUUCGCAUAUUUAAAUUAAGUUUUAUUAAUUGCAUCAUUUAAAACACUUCGACGAAAUCGAUAGCUAGCUAGAUAGAUAGAUUUCAUUCCUAAAUCGAUAACAAAUUGAACAAAUUACUAUGUCGCCCUAAGAUUAAAUUAUCUUCAUUACAUUAUUUGAAACAAGUAACGCACAACAAACAAAAUUACACGCACUGUAAACGAUAUCAUUAUUAAAUGACGGUAGUAAAUGCUACAGUUUCACAGGGAAACAUCUCUAUGGCUGGUGAACAUGUUUUCAAAUAAACUACAAUGUUAUUGAAA